AACCCCGAGCAACAUCACUUCCGGAGACUGGAGCCAGUUGCUAGGCUGCUAGUUGGACCCUUUGUAGCUUCCGGUCUAGUCGUGUGUGUGCGCGCGUGGGAGUCUCUUCCGGGUGUGGGGGCACCAUGAGUACUAUGUUCGCUGACACUGUCCUCAUCGUCUUCAUCUCGGUGUGCACGGCGCUGCUGGCCGAGGGUAUAACAUGGGUGCUGGUUUACAGAACCGAGAAAUACAAGAGACUGAAAGCUGAAGUGGAAAAACAAAGCAAAAAAUUGGAAAAGAAGAAGGAAACGAUAACUGAAUCAGCAGGCCGACAGCAAAAAAAGAAAAUAGAGAGGCAAGAGGAGAAGCUGAAGAACAACAAUAGGGACCUGUCGAUGGUUCGAAUGAAGUCCAUGUUUGCAAUUGGCUUUUGCUUUACUGCCCUCAUGGGCAUGUUCAACUCCAUAUUUGACGGCCGAGUGGUGGCAAAACUUCCUUUUAUCCCCCUCUCCUACAUCCAGGGCCUGUCCCAUCGCAACCUACUUGGGGAGGAUUACACUGACUGCUCCUUCAUCUUCCUCUACAUUCUCUGCACCAUGUCUAUCCGGCAGAAUAUUCAGAAGAUGCUUGGCCUGGCUCCUUCGCGGGCUGCCACCAAGCAGGCAGGGGGCUUCCUCGGCCCCCCUCCUCAAGCUGGGAAAUUUUCUUGAAGUAUAGUCAUGCACCUUUCACAGCAGCUCCCAUUGAUGUCAGUAUCGAAGACAGACUGCCCUUGGUUUGUAACAGGAGCGGAUUCCACAGCAGGCUUUCUAUUCAUUUGAAGCAGCAUUGGGAUGGGUACUGCCUUCACGGAAGCAUCUUUGUAUUUGGAGCGUUCUACAAACAGCCUGUCACAAUUGAAGCAAAACUCCUGGCAGAUAACGUGAGAUGUGUUUUGUGUGUCUGUGUAAUAAAUGAUUAGGCCCCUUGCAUUUAAAAUGUAGUCACCUACUCCCAUUGCAGGGACAGUGGAACUAUCUUGCUUUAUAGAACUACUGUAAAGAUAAUAAAACCUUAUUUGGAGCCAUGAUAGGGAACCUGUAAAAUAAACAGAUUUUAGAAAGUCCUGCAUCAUCAUGCUCUAGUACUGAUUGUGUCCCUGUUCUCUUAGACAAACUGGCUAGAGACUUCUGUGUAUUAGGAACCCAUCUAUAGGGAAACUAGGCAUGUUCAGUUCUAGGCUAUGAAUGGGAGGAAAAAUACAUCUAAAGCUGGAGUUUGUUUCCUCAUUAGUGCAGUACCCAGGCCACAGUGCCAUGUUGCAUAGCACCAACAACCUCUAACUGCUUCUGAACAUUCUUUCCCCUCCUCCUGAGGAGCUCAGCUUGGUAGUGGUUUAUGUAGCAUUAUGGUGCCCACAUUCUAGCUGUCUGCUUAGCUGGAAUCUGUUCAAUUGCAGUCAUAAUUUAAAACAAACAAGGCCUUUAGUCUUACCUUGAUUAAACAGUUACAUAAUCUCUUGUUUGUUGUAUGCCAAUGAUACCAUCUGCAACUACCCUUUACUACCUAAGGGUUACAGUGUACACACACAGCAUGUACCAAACAUAGAAUGCUGCUGUGCUAUUCACUGUACUUCUAGAACUGAGUGAUCGGUUUGCAUGUCUUAAAGGCCUCUAAAUUUGUUACCAGUCAGCCAUAUGUUCUCAGUUCAGUUCCCUGUGCUAUUUCUACAUUGCCAGAUAUUUACCUAGCUUAGUCGUAUUAGCUGGAGCCCAACUCGCUUUGUUUAUGAGGGGACUUAAAAAAUAAAUCUUGAAGCUAAACUUUUAUCAGGGUCACUAUAGACAGAGUUCUAGAAUGGCUGAGAGGUGGAAUUGCCUGAAGUAUCAUCGCUGUACUUGUACCCUCAUAAAUUCUAAACCACUGCAGAAGAUGGAAGUCUGCACCUGUCUUUGGAGGCAUUUAUGUUACACCAUAGUACCUGUGCACUAACAACUGAACUAAAUGUGAUAUGUGCUUGGUUAAAUGAUGUCCUCGACAUAAAUUCAAGACUGCCUGUAUGUGGCAACAUGGGGCAUAUUCACUGGAUUAUUUUAAAUAAAUAAUGGGAGAGUUCUGAAUAAUAAACCCUGCCUUGAAUCCUA